CCUUUGGCUCGGAGCGCUUUGAGUGACGCGCUCGCAGGAGCAGCGCAUCAUUUCAGCUGGGAAGGAAAGCGCGGCGCGGGCGAGAGAGUGAGAGAAAGAGCGCGCAAGUCCCCCGUCUCACUGAUCGUCACGCGCGAGGACCUCCUGAAUUCUCCCUUGAACCGAAUGGCUGUAUAAGAGACUCGGUCCCCGCAACUCCUCAUCUUCUUUCUCUUCUCCAUCUCAUCUGGGCCACACGAGUUGCUUCCUUCUGUACCGGGCCGCGCUUGGCAUAAAAAAAAAACCCCAAAGCAGUCCUACUUCUUUUCCGUCGCAGGCGCGUGUGGACGGCCAUGGAUAGCCAAAUUAAAUGGAAAGCAAAACGGAGGCUAAAGGGCGCGCGGCUUGCUCUAGCGAUGCUCGUCCUUUUCGCCGUAGCAACCACGUCGUCGCGCGCUGGACCAGUGGGUCCAGCUGACCUUCUGAAGAUUUUAGAUUUUCCAAGUUUGCCGGACGGCGUAACGAAAACUACAGGCUUCUGCACACACAGAAAGUCAUCGAAAGGGCCUGAUGUAGCCUACAAAGUAACCAAAGAUGCUCAGCUCAGUGCUCCUACCAAGCAGCUCUACCCCUCUUCCGUUUUUCCAGAAGACUUCUCUAUCGUGGCGACUGUGCGGCCGAAUAAGGGUAGCCAGGCGUUCCUGCUCUCCAUCUAUAACGAGCAGGGCAUGCAGCAGCUGGGCAUUGAGGUGGGCCGCUCUCCUGUCUUCCUCUAUGAGGACCACCUGGGAAAGCCAGGCCCUGAGGACUACCCUCUCUUCAGAGGAGUAAACCUGGCAGACGGAAAGUGGCACCGAGUGGCCAUCAGCGUCCAUAAGCAGAGCGUUACACUGAUUGUGGAUUGUAAGAAGCAGACGACACGCAAAUUGGCACGAAGCCCGAACCCCAUCAUCGACACUAAAGGGAUUGUGGUGUUUGGUACACGCAUUCUGGAUGAAGAAGUGUUUGAGGGUGAUAUUCAGCAGCUGAUGAUCAUAGCGGACCAUCGUGCUGCGUAUGACUACUGUGAACAUUAUAGCCCCGACUGUGAGGUUCCUGCUCAGGAGCAGCCACAAAACCAGGACCCCAACACAGAUGAAUAUAACACCGAAGAUGACACCUACUACUAUGAGUACCCAUACUAUGAUGACUUGGAUGCAGAAAAGAACGAGGAGUCAUCAGUAACCCCUGACAGGGCCCCAGAUUCAGGACCAAUCAUCACAAAGGAAACUGUGUCCACAGUAUUUGAAGGAGAAGGACAUUCAAGUUCUUCAAGUGCUCCCCCUACCGCAGAAACUGCUGGUGAGCCAUACGAUGACUACAGUGAUCCGGAAUACUACGAAGUGGCAACUUCCUCGCCCGCCACACGCGCACACAUAGGUACCGGGGAAGAUCUGGACCUGAGCAGUAGAUUAGAUCUGAGUCUUGGUGGAGGAGUGGACAAGCACAUCAUUACUUCAGGAGGAGAAGGUGGAGGAGAACAGACAUCCAGCUCUAGUAGCUCUGGUUCAAGCUCUGUUUCCGGCACAGGACAUGCAUCUGUUUCUAUAUCCAGUUCUGAAUCUGGAACCAGUUCUAGCGCUCCCUCCAUCUCGGAGGAUAAUUAUGAUAACUAUGAUACCUAUGGUGAGUACACUGAUACUUAUGGUGAGGGUGAGGGCACUACUGGCCAAGGUGCAUCUACUUCUGUUGGGAGUGGAACUGUUUCUGUUGGGAGCGAAUCAUCCUCAGUGAGCGGCGGCUCUGUUUCUGCUGGAGUUGGUUCCGAGUCUGUGAGCAGUUCAGCUGGGGCUGGUGGUGUGUCUACUAGCGCCGGGACUGAUCUGGGCGUGGAAACAUCCGAGAGAAAAUUUACAGAAGAGAAUAUUGAUGAUUAUACAGACCCGGAUUCAUUUAAGGAAGAUACCAUCACAGGUCUCACCGACUCUGACCUGGACAAGGUUUACUCUGAUUACAAAGACUAUUACGGUGAAGUCGAAGAAAAAGUUUUGCCUGCUGAGACGGACAGUUACCAGGUGGAAGGGUCAAGAGGAGAGAAGGGACAGAAAGGAGAGCCAGCCAUCAUUGAACCAGGAAUGUUGGUGGAGGGCCCCCCUGGUCCUGAGGGCCCAACUGGUCUCCCUGGUCCUCCAGGAACAUCAGGAGCCCCAGGCUCUCCAGGAGAUCCAGGAGAGAGGGGCCCUCCUGGUCGCCCUGGUCUUCCUGGAGCUGAUGGACUGCCAGGACCUCCAGGGACCGUCCUGAUGCUGCCUUUCCGGAUGGCCUCAGGGGGAGAUGGUGGCCAUAAAGGCCCUGCAGUUUCUGCCCAAGAGGCUCAGAUGCAGGCCAUUAUGCAGCAGGCCAGACUGGCAAUGAGAGGUCCAACUGGUCCAAUGGGCUUGACUGGUCGUCCUGGACCUCUGGGUCCUCCUGGUUUGACUGGAAUUAAAGGUGAAUCUGGAGAGCAGGGACAACAGGGUCUUCGUGGUCCAAUGGGUUCCAUUGGCCCUCCUGGAAAGCCUGGUAGAAGAGGUCGCCCUGGAGCAGAUGGAGCCAGAGGCAUGCCUGGACAAACUGGACCAAAGGGAGACAGAGGUUUUGAUGGCCUUGCUGGAUUACCUGGAGAAAAGGGACAUAGGGGUGAGCCUGGACCUCAAGGCCCCCCUGGACCUUCUGGAGAGGACGGAGAAAGAGGAGACGAUGGUGAGGUUGGACCUAGGGGUCUGCCUGGCGAACCAGGUCCUCGUGGUUUGUUAGGGCCCAAAGGACCGCAGGGAUCUCCUGGAGCUCCGGGUGUGACAGGAAUGGACGGCCAUCCUGGUCCAAAAGGAAACAUUGGGCCUCAAGGAGAGCCUGGUCCACCAGGACAGCAAGGAAACCCCGGUGCUCAGGGACUUCCAGGACCUCAAGGAGCCAUUGGAACCCCAGGAGAGAAGGGUCCAACAGGAAAACCAGGUUUACCAGGCAUGCCAGGAGCUGAUGGACCUCCGGGUCACCCUGGAAAGGAAGGGCCAUCUGGUGAGAAAGGUCACCUGGGACCACCUGGAGCACAAGGACCGAUUGGAUAUCCUGGCCCGCGAGGCGUGAAGGGUGCUGAUGGAGUUCGGGGAUUAAAGGGAAACAAGGGUGAAAAGGGAGAAGAUGGUUUCCCUGGAUUUAAAGGAGAUAUGGGUAUCAAGGGUGAUCGGGGUGAGAUUGGACCUGCAGGACCUAGAGGAGAGGAUGGUCCUGAAGGACCUAAAGGACGAGCUGGACUUCCUGGAGAUGCCGGACCUCUUGGACCAAAUGGAGAGAAGGGCAAGCUUGGAGUUCCAGGAUUGCCAGGUUAUCCUGGAAGACAAGGGCCAAAGGGUUCUCAAGGAUUCCAAGGCUUCCCAGGAGCCAAUGGAGAAAAGGGAACAAGGGGAAUAGCUGGAAAGCCUGGACCACGAGGACAGCGAGGACCUACUGGCCCUCGUGGGGAAAGAGGACCUAGGGGGCCGACAGGAAAAGCAGGUCCAAAGGGCACCUCAGGAAGUGAUGGACCACCAGGACCACCUGGUGAACGGGGCCUGCCAGGACCUCAGGGAUCAACUGGAUUCCCAGGACCUAAAGGCCCUCCUGGACCACCUGGAAAGGAUGGACUGCCUGGGCACCCUGGACAGAGAGGAGAGACAGGUUUCCAAGGGAAGACCGGACCUCCUGGACCUCCAGGUGUGCUAGGACCUCAGGGACCAACAGGUGAAACUGGACCAAUGGGAGAGCGAGGCCAUCCCGGACCUCCAGGACCACCAGGUGAACAAGGUCUGCCUGGACAUGCUGGUAAAGAAGGAGCCAAGGGAGAUCCAGGUCCGGCAGGCCCUGCUGGUAAAGAUGGACCUCAAGGACUGCGAGGUUUUCCUGGAGAGAGAGGGUUACCUGGGCCUGUUGGAACUGCAGGUUUGAAAGGGAAUGAAGGACCACCGGGUCCACCUGGACCAGCUGGUUCACCAGGUGAGCGAGGUCCUGCUGGCCCAACAGGUCCCACCGGACCCCCUGGACGCCCAGGACCUCAGGGACCCCCAGGGCCUUCCGGGGAGAAAGGUGGACCGGGAGAAAAAGGACCUCAAGGCCCUGCUGGUAGAGAUGGUAUUCAGGGUCCUGUCGGUUUGCCUGGUCCUGCUGGACCUCUUGGACCUCCAGGAGAGGAUGGAGAUAAGGGUGAGAUCGGUGAGCCUGGCCAGAAAGGUAGCAAAGGAGAUAAAGGAGAGCAGGGUCCUCCUGGUCCAACUGGACCUCAAGGGCCAAUUGGUGCACCUGGUCUAGCUGGAGCUGAUGGAGAGCCUGGUCCGAGAGGACAGCAGGGUUUGUUUGGGCAAAAAGGAGAUGAGGGACCAAGAGGAUUCCCUGGACCCCCUGGACCUGUUGGCCUUCAGGGUUUGCCUGGACCUCCUGGUGAGAAAGGAGAAACUGGAGAUGUUGGUCACAUGGGUCCACCUGGUCCUCCGGGUCCCCGAGGCCCCUCUGGACCCCCAGGAGCUGAUGGACCCCAGGGCCCCCCUGGAGGAAAUGGAAACCCUGGAGCUGUGGGAGAGAAGGGAGACCCAGGUGAGCCUGGAGAGCCUGGUUUGCAAGGCGAUCUUGGCCCUCCGGGACCAAGAGGUGAGCGAGGAGAGAAAGGAGAAGCUGGUCCUGCUGGCUCUGCUGGUCCACCAGGACCUAAGGGCCCUCCUGGAGAUGACGGUCCUAAAGGAAGUCCAGGUCCAAGUGGUUUUCCGGGUGACCCUGGACCUCCUGGAGAGCCUGGUCCAGCUGGCUUGGAUGGUCCUUCUGGUGACAAAGGUGAUGACGGAGAACCUGGUCAGCCUGGAUCACCAGGACCAACUGGCGAGUCUGGACCAACUGGACCACCAGGAAAGAGAGGUCCUCCAGGAGCAGCAGGACCUGAGGGACGACAGGGAGAAAAGGGAGCUAAAGGCGAGUCCGGUCUCGAGGGUCCACAGGGUAAGACAGGUCCUGUUGGACCUCAAGGUGCUCCUGGCAAGCCUGGAUCUGAAGGAUUGCGGGGAAUCCCUGGCCCAGUAGGAGAGCAAGGCCUGCCUGGGUCUCCUGGACCUGAUGGACCCCCAGGACCAAUGGGUCCUCCUGGUUUGCCUGGAUUGAAAGGAGACACUGGAGUUAAAGGAGAAAAGGGUCAUCCAGGUCUGAUUGGUUUGAUUGGGCCUCCUGGAGAGCAGGGAGAAAAAGGAGACCGAGGACUGCCAGGACCACAGGGAUCAUCAGGACCUAAAGGAGACAAUGGUAUCCCUGGCCAUGCUGGAUCUCUGGGGCCGAUUGGACCUCCUGGAUUGCCUGGCCCCCCUGGUCCCAAAGGAGCAAAGGGAUCAUCAGGUCAAACUGGACCAAAGGGAGAAGCAGGAGUACCAGGACCUCCAGGCCCUCCGGGUCCACCAGGCGAUGUCAUCCACCCACUGCCCAUCCUUGCAAGCCCUAAGAGAGCACGAAGGAGUAUUGAUGGCAGCCAGUUGGCGGACGAUGCGCCUGAUUCCAACUACAAAGAUUAUGAAGAUGGUAUGGAGGAGAUUUUUGGUUCGCUCAACUCUCUUAAACAGGAGAUUGAGCAGAUGAAGCAUCCACUUGGAACCCAGAGCAACCCAGCACGCACAUGCAAAGACCUGCAACUCUGCCACCCUGACUUCCCAGACGGCGAGUACUGGAUUGAUCCAAACCAGGGCUGCUCACGAGAUUCUUUCAAGGUUUACUGCAACUUCACAGCUGGAGGAGAGAGCUGUAUCUUCCCAGAUAAAAAGAGUGAAGGGAGUAAAAUGGCUCGCUGGCCCAAAGACAGCCCAGGCACUUGGUAUAGUCGCUACAAACGGGGGUCCAUGCUUUCAUACAUGGACGCUGAAGGCAAUCCGAUUGGUGUGGUCCAAAUGACAUUCCUGCGCUUGCUAAGUGCCUCGGCGCGGCAGAACCUCACAUAUAACUGCUACCAGUCUGUGGCCUGGCAUGAUGAAGAGCUGGACACUCACGACAAGGCCAUCCGCUUCCUGGGCUCCAACGAUGAAGAGAUGUCCCAUGACAACAAUCCAUACAUUACUGCCAUUAUGGAUGGAUGUGCGUUGAAAAAGGGCUAUGAAAAGACUAUUCUAGAGAUCAACACUCCAAAAGUGGAGCAAAUACCAUUUGUUGACAUCAUGUUCAACGAUUUCGGUGGAGCAACGCAGAAGUUUGGCUUCGAGGUUGGCCCGGCCUGCUUUAUUGGCUAAGACUGUUCACUGAACGCACCAAAGAAAAAAAAAACAUUCAUUUUCUCAGAAACCAAAGAAAGGAAUAGGACAACAUAUUUUCUAAAGAUUUGUGUUUCCAAAAUAAAACACCAACUUAGCAUAGAAAGGAUAAAUAAAAUUAAAAAAAUUAAUAAAGAAUGGUCUCUCACAAACCCAAACAUAUUUUGACCUCAGUGUACCUGUCUCUGUCACAUGCAAGUUUUGAAACUGGAUUAGCUGAAUGCUAGCUAGCUAACCCUAUGCUUUAAUUGCCACUUUCUGGCCACCCGUGCUGUAUAGGUGUAUAGGUAUAGGAGAUAGCAACAGUAUUCUUCCAGCUUUAAUGCACUUCUUGCAGGUGGAAACCUCCUCACACUCUCCACCUGCGUUUAGCUCUGUCAGGUUUCUGCUUGCAUUUAUUCAGUGUUUCAACUCCCAUCCACCCCCUCCCCCUCCCUCCCUCGAGUACUUCAAUGAACUUUAUUUUGUGCAUAUUUGUUUUCCCAUUCCCUGGAAUGGUGCUUAUAUAUAAAUAUAUAUAAAUAUUUUUUUCUAUGUUUGUAAGUACUUUCUGUAUAUUUUUCUGUUUUUUUCUCUGUUUCUUUUUUUGUGUGCGCUUCAAAACAUGCAUGUGAACCAUUGAGUGAGAAGGACAGCAGGGAUGCUGGUGAUUGGUGCAAAUAAAAUAUUCAACUCUAUCGAUCAUCCUAGAGAAAAUUAGAUAGCAGAACAAAAGAAAUAAAUUGACAGAAACGAAAAGAGAAACCAAGAAGAAAGUAUUACGUCCUGAUGCAGGUGUGACCCACAUCCUUCGACUUUUUUUUUCCUUUUUUUUUUUUUUUUGUUUCACAUAACUGAAUGAAAUUAAAAGUUAGAACAAGCAACAAUAGCAAGUUCAUGGCAAAUAAUUUUCUGGAUUGUUACAAUCACAGGGUAUCUGAACGAUUCCAUCCUUUAUCCUUUUUCUAUCACACCUUGUGCUUAAGUCUAUCACAAAGCACACACAAUGAGAAACAGUUUCAUUGAGGAAACACUAAAUGAGUGAACUAGGUGCUAUUUCCUUCUGCCUGUGGUGCUAUAUACAUAUAUAUUUUCCAUUUUUUUUUGUUUGUUUUAAAUGAUUCACCAAUGAUGAUGCAUCUUCCAUUUCUUUCAUCACCUUUUCUCCUUUUUUUCUGGGUAGCAAGUCCUGUGUCCUGUGUGGGGAAAUAUUCUUAUGCAUGCGGAUCCAUCAUAAUCAUUCAUAAACCAAAAAUUUUGACCAUGUAACUAACAAAUUUGUCUAUGUGCCAUCACCCUACACACUGUUGUCAAACGUGCAGUAUGCAGACUGUAAAGUGGCGCUUUACCGGGAGAUUAUUUAUGUAUUUUUUUCUGCAUAGUCCUCUAUAGCACAUUUAUUCCCAUAAAUUUAGAAUGUAGUUUAAAGAAAGUAGAUUUUUUAAGGUAGUAAUUAUUUUACAGUGUUUGUGGACCUAGAGCUUUACAGUGGACAUGAGUGCAAUCGGCAGUUCACCUCAAGCAGACAGCAGUCCAUAAAGUCUUCAGUGGAGAGAUUUAUUAUUUUUUUUUGUACAGGGAAGAACUUGACCUCUGUUACCAGAGCCAAAUACAGAGGACUAACUAAUCUACUGUCCUCCAUUUCUCAGGCCAAAUAUAUUCUCACAGAAUAGACUUCAUGAAAUACACUCAAUGACCAGCAGAUCACUUUGUUUGAGAUUGUGAAACUGUGUGGUAGAUAGAGUUCCCAUUUUUGGUAUAGAAAGAAAAUUAAUUUUCUUGCCUCUUUUUUUCUAUUUUCCCCGCAUUUCUUUGCCACUAAACCCUAAUGCACUCAACAUCUUACACCACUAUGCCAGCUACUUUGCUACAAACCUUUGCAUUCUAUUAAUUUGAAAUAUGACUUGAACUGUUAAAAGAAAAAAAAUCACAACACAUAAUUCUAAUCAUUAAAUAAAAAAUAACCAUUUUGUAAAUUAAAAACAAAAAAUAGCCAAGAUGCUGCCAAUAAAAGAAUUCUGUUUUGUUUGGUUUUUGUAAUAUUUGUCUUGUGUUGUGUUGUCUGUUUAAGGUCUUGUUAAACCUGUGUAAGAGAGGAUAGAAGAUAUAUUGUUAUUUUGUGUCAAUAAAUUCAAGUUUACUGUGGCCACGCACCCUUGUAUGUCUUUUGAAGCAUUAAAGCCUUUCUGUAUGCAUGAAAA